AUGGGAAAUCAACAAUCAAACGAAAAUACGAGAAAAAGUAUAAUAAUAACAAGAACCGUAGCAAAAGAAGGUAGAGUGAUGGACGAAAAUCAAAAAUAUAUAGACCUUGCUAAUUCCGAACCUUACAAUAACGAAAGAUUUAAUGAAAUAUUUGGACCAAAAGGUGUAUUUCCAUUGGACUUUACUUACACAAUCAAGCACAGUCAUACAAAAACUUUUGGUGUUGGAGAGUUUAAAGAUUUGAUGGGGGAUAAAGAAGUGGAAGAGGAAGUAUGA